AUGAACACGAUUAUGCUGCCAUUAUCGCCCGUUGACACGGUGAUGCACAAACUCGACCUAGCACUUCUGUACAUCUUCCCAUCUUCGACGACGACAUCAUUCGACCUUAACAAAUUGCGAUCGUCAUUUGUUGCAUUAGUAGAGCAAGACUAUCCCUUCUUAAUUGGAGAAUUUUGCGUUGAUCCAACGAAUGGGAUCUUAAACGUGAAGCAGACAGUGGAGUCCCGUCAAAAAGGAGCUACUGCGAUAAAGUUCGAGACGAAUCCAGAAAAUCCUAUGACGACGGAGCAGGCAAUCGAGAAACGAUCGUGGGACAUGAUGCCUAGCACGCGAGGCAAACAUGAGUUGAUUUGUGUCAAGGGAACACUAUUUCACGAUGGAGGAUUAGCUAUUGGCAUCCAUACUAGUCAUUCUUUAUUCGAUGGAGAAGCUUUUUUUACUUUCAUGAAGGUAUGGGGACAGCACUAUAGUGGCAUUAAGAAGGAAGAGAGACUUGUGGUAAGUCAUGCUCGACAUCUGCUCAAUGGAUCUGGAAGGACAUCAAAGAUCAAGCACCUCGAAUAUUCCAUCAAGGAUAAAUGUGGAGCCUUGGACGAAGCACAAUCACUGCCUGCAGCAGCUGAUCAUUUCUUUUAUGUUUCUCCAAAGAUGAUGAAAGGAGUAAAAGAAGCGGCAAAUAGCAGUGAACUGAAGAAUGACAAAGCUACUGAAGCCUCGUAUGUCAGCACGGUAGAUGCACUCACUGCACUCAUGACAAUUUUGAUCUCGAGAGCCCGAGACCAAAAUCAAGAUGUGAAUACGACAACUAUUGUUAACGCGCGACGCCAUCUGAAUCCCCCGCUACCCCAAAAUUACGUGGGAAAUGCCAUAUUUAGUGCGGUUUCGACAUACUCGCGACCUGAACUUGAGCCACGACCAGAAGACCAAACUCUGGUAUCUCCAACAACCUUAGGAAUGGUCGCUCGACGUGUACGUAGCUCCAUUUUACAAUGUGAUAACGAGUACAUGCAAGAUGCGAUCGAUUUUUUGACUGAGCAAAGAAAUCUCGCUGCUGUUGGAAUGAGUUCUAAUCAUUUCUUUGGAAAUGAUCUCCUUUUUACCUCAUGGGUGCACAUGGACAUGUAUGAUUCUGAAUUUGACGGUGUGCGUCCCUCGUAUGCAUGUUUCCCUAGAUUUUAUGUUGGUAAUGGUAUGAUCGUAAUCACCGAGGCCCGAAAGGGUUAUGAAGGAAUCGAAAUUGGUGUUGUUCUCGAGUGCAGCGCAAUGGAAAGACUCAAAAAGAUGUUUGCAAAGGUUUCUCAGUGUUACGAGUAG